CAAAAGAGUUUGGUGUAUGAUUAAUGAAGAUGUGUUGUGUAACCCAUGAGAAUAUGAAUCAAUUACUGUGAAUAAACACAUAAACAACACACAGAUAUGAAACAACAUGCUGCCUUUCUAUAACCUGAUCUCUGAACCUUCAGGUUUCACUCUGAACAAUGGACAACACUUCACAGGUCAACAGCCUCAAUGACACAACCAGCAACUACUCUGACUACAGGAAGCAGUUCUGUUUUUGUCCUCUCCUUGGCGAUCCCAGUUGUGAUGCAGUUGCGAUCAUCCAGUUUGUGGAGUCAUGCCUCGUCCUUUGUAUCGGCCUUCCUUUGACCCUCGGGGCCAUCUAUGGUCUCUAUUCUCAGGUGAGAAAUGGUGAAGUUGCUCCGAUCUACGUCAUCAACCUUCUCAUCUCUGACCUCAUUCAGUUCUGCUGCAUGAUCGCUGAGGUGGCACAGCCUAAGGACAGGGACGUGUUCUAUUAUGACUACUGGGAGAUAUUUUCGGUCUUCUACUAUAUUUACGAGUACAGUCUGGUGGUCAGUAUUGGCUUCAUGGUGUGCAUCGCUCUGGAAAGGUAUUUGGACGUAUUCUGCAGGCGAACCAUCAAGUCCUCUGUGCUGAUCUGUGUCCUGGUCUGGAUCCUCCCUGUUGUCAUCUUUUUUAUUCCCAUUAUUUUCUUUAUCUCAUUAUAUUAUGAUAAUUUCAGGGUCCUUGUUGUUGUUUUCAUCAUCUUUUACCUCCUUCCUCUCCCGCUGCUCAUAUUCUUCCUGAUUACGACCCUCAAAGCCCUGUAUGCUUCCAUCUCGGUCCCAAAUGACGAAAAACGACGAAUUGCAGGAAUGUUGAUCCUGUUGCUGCUGAAUUACACGCUGCUGUUUCUGCCCGACAUCAUUGUGGAUGUGUACUUGUCUGAUGACCUUGACAACCCACAUAAUAACCCUCUCGUAGACCUGGCUGCGAUGUUUGUUAAGUUGAGUCCUCUGGCAGACUUAGUUCUGUAUAUGUUGAUGAGGAAAGGGACCAUACGCCAGCUUUCAGACUGUUUGUGUCGCUGCAGAACAGACAGCAAUGAAAUCAGAUCUGUAACUGUGAAUGAUGUCAACAUGUCUACAGUCAAUUCAAUCGCUGCUGACACCGUGUGCCCAAAUCAGACGCGGGCUUUUUCCCACAUUAGUCUGUCACGGAACACAGUCACGCGACGUGUUGAGGAUAUGGCCGAAGACAUUCGGCGCCAAAUUGUCCAGAGAGCAGGUCAAUUUUCUGCCUUCUCCAUCGCAUGUGACGAAAGCACUGAUAUAUCAGACUCAGCUCAGCUGUUAGUCUUCCUGCGAGGAGUGAAUGAGGACCUUGAAGUGUGUCAGGAACUCGCGGGCCUUGAAACACUGAAAGGGACAACAAAAGGCACAGAUGUUUUUAUGGCAGUGCAGCGAGUUAUGGAUAGGAACAGCUUGAAGUGGGAAAACCUAUCAGGUAUCACGACAGACGGAGCCCCGGCUAUGGUCGGUAAGACAGCAGGUCUCACUGCACUUGUGUCAGACAAAGUCCGCGAGUUUGGUGGGUCGGUAUUAAAAUACCAUUGUAUUUUACACCAAGAACAGUUGUGUGCCAAAUCCAUCAGCCUGAAAAACGUGAUGCAAGAUGUCGUUGCCAUCGUGAAUAAUAUUCGCUCAAAGGCGCUCUCACACCGCCAGUUCAAAGCUCUUCUGGAUGAGAUGGAUGCACAGUACGGAGAUGUGCUGUACCACCAGGAGGUCAGGUGGCUGAGCAGAGGAAAAGUUUUACGGCGUUUUUUUGAACUGCGUGAGGAGAUCGGGGCUUUUCAAGCAACGAAGAAAAACAGCAUUCAAGUGCCUUCCGACAAACACUGGAUUUCCGACCUGGCUUUUCUCGUGGACAUUACAGAGCUACUGAAUAUCCUGAAUCUUCAGCUUCAGGGGAAGGACCAGAUAAUCACUCAGCUGUAUGAUCACGUCAGAGCCUUCAAGCAAAAACUCCUGUUGCUCAGCAGACAUCUCUCAACAGGAAAUUUGGCACAUUUUCCAAGCCUCAGAGACGUUGGGUUGAUGGAGGAAGACAAGCCAAAAUACCUUGACAUUCUCAGCAAUCUCGUGGUGGAGUUUGACAAUCGCUUCAAAGAUUUUCAAGAAAAUGCAACAGCAUUUGAGCUGUUUGCACAACCCUUUUCUGUACCUGUGGAUGCAGUCAGUGAGGAGCUUCAAAUGGAACUUCUGGAACUUCAGGCUGAUUCAGACCUCCAUAGCAAGUUCAGAGAUCUUACCUUACAGGACUUUUACAGACGUGUUCCUGCACACAGGUAUGCCAAGAUCCGCAAACAUGCACAGGUGAUGCUGUCCCUCUUUGGAAGCACAUACGUCUGUGAGCAGGCUUUCAGCCUGUUGAAUCUCAAUAAGUGUAAGCUGAGAAAUGCACUGUCUGACUCUCACCUACAUGACAUUCUCACUUUGUCAGUAAGUCAGCUGGAGCCUGAUGUUGAGAGACUUUUAAAAACCAAGGGCAGGCUUCAUGUCUCCCACUGA